AUGAAUUUAAGAAAUUAUGAGACCAUGCCAAGACCUCUUUCCACAAAGAACAGAUUACCAGAUCCAGCAAUCAACCAACUUACCGCUUAUCAAAAUCAAUUUCCUGAAUAUAUUCCUUCAUCAAACUACGAUAAAGUCGAGACAAGAGCGUGGUCAUAUUUCUCAGUAACAAGACGUAUAUGGGAGUACAUUAUUUUCAUAAUUUCAAUACUUUAUCCUGUUGAAUUAUCUUUUGUAAUGAUCUUUGACAGGAACAUAUCAGUUACUACAUACUCAGUAUUCUUUAUUUUCGAUGUCGUACAAAUUGCAGAUAAUUUUGUCAUUUUAUACACUCCUUUUUUGCAUAAUGGUAUUUUGAUUUCAGAUAAGAAAGAGAUUUUGAAGAACUACGGUAUCACAUUCUAUGUAAUUCACAUCAUAGCUUCAUUACCCUUAGGAUGGAUAGGAAUUAUCAAAGGAAAUCCAAAUCUUUAUUUAUAUCUUUCAAUAAACAGAUUACUUCGAUUACCUCAAUGCUACAGAUCAUACAAAUUGAUUAUGGACUCUACACUUUACAACAGAAGCUACGCAAGUUUAAUUCCUCCGAUUGUUAUUAUAUCAUGUAUCAUUCAUGUAUUUGCAUGCAUAUUAUAUAGCAUAGGAAAAUAUGCCGACAAAGAUGAAUCAUGGAUUACUCAAUUUAAAGACCAAAAUUACAAUCAAAUCCAAAUGUAUGUUGCAUCAAUCUAUUUCGUCCUUACGACCAUUCUUACACUUGGAUAUGGCGAUAUACAUCCAAUAUCUACCCCAGAAGUCAUUGUUUGCAUCUUCAUUACAAUCGCAGGUGUCACUUUUCAAUCUGUAUUAAUUGCUAACAUGGUUAAUGCAUUAUCUGAUCCAAUGGGUACCAAAUUUUUAUCCCAGUACGAAGCCAUGCAGAGAUUUCUCAAAUUUAAGGGGGUUCCUGAUCUUUACAAAAACCACAUAAAAAACUACUUCCAAGGAUCAUGGGAACGAAACCACGGCGCACCAAGUUGGCGAGCUCUUCUUGCACCUCUUCCCAAGGGCAUACAAAGUGGCAUAAAACUGGAGUUCUGUCAAAGAACAUUUUCAGGAAUGCCUCUUUUUUAUUUAGUUGGUCAGAAAUACCUUUUGUUGAUUAUGAAUUCCAUGCAGCCAUUUACUUAUCUACCAGGAGAUAUCAUCUGCGAACAAGAUGAAGAAGUCCCUGAUCUACUGAUUUUCAAUCACGGAAUAAUACAAUUGAUAUUAAAUGAUGUUCCUUUGGCAUCAUUAAAUGUCGAUAGCGGUUAUGUAGAUGGCGAAAGACAGUUGAUGUUCGGAAAGCCACAGGAUAAGACAAUUAAGGCUGUAACGUUUGUUGAUGGUUGGAGAUUGAGGAGAAAGGAUUUCUUGGACUUAAUAAACUCAAGAAAAAUGUUGAGAACGAUCUUAUUAGCUAAUGCAAGAGCAAGAUUCCCAAAGGACUUCCAGGAAAGCCCUGAAUGGGAUGAUAACCAGAUUCCUGCAACGCCUCCGUCCGAUAAUUCUGAAGAUUCGGUCGAAUCUGAGAAAUUAGAAGAAGAAUUUAUUUAUGUUGAACAAUCUUCUUCUUCAUAUGACUCUCAAUUCACUGAUGCUGAUUUAUAA